UGUCGACUUACCGGAUAUUGUACAAUUUGAAAACAAGUUAUCUACCUUUUCCUGAAUCUACGAAUUGUAUUUAAAGAGAAAAAUUCAUUUUGAUUAAAUGUUUCGAUUAUUACAAACGAGGAUAUUUCGCAAGGGCCAUCAACAUACUUAAAAGUUAACGUUUUAAGGAGACAUUUAUUUUUUAAAGCAAAUCAACCGGAAAUGCAUCUUUUCUUUGUGUCAAGUUUGACCAAAUCAAAUUUUAUGUUUUAUCACUAAAACUCAGUCGUGAAUGUUUCGCGACUAAUAUGUUUUAUACGGCGCAAAGUUGAAUGGCUGCUUUAUAAUUCAUGCACACAGCACAGAGUGGAUAUCCGUCAAAGCGUUUGGCCAGAACAUCCAGAACCGACAUGACGGAAUGUGGUGUUAACUGAUGUUCGAGUCCGCAGCUGGAGGAUGUGAAAUAAACACGGACACUCAGCUAAAGAUGGACAGCAGGGUGCUGGUUGUUGUUGUGGUGAGUACUUCCAAGGACGGGCUUUGAAAUAAGUACUCGAGGAGACAUUGAGCAUGAGGGGCUGGUCGUUUCGAGCAGGGGGGUCUUUGGGUCAUUUACGCCGGAGACCCGUGGUUAAGCACUAGCUUGUUUUCUCCGUGGAAUGACGACGUCUGCCCCGCUCAGCCGCCUCCAGGCACACGGCCUUCGGUGAUGCGACCUGUCCCCGGCCACACGCCUCGAUUGCCCGCAGCAAACUUCACUGUGAAUCAUGAAGAACUGCGAGUUCCAGCAAAUCGACCCGCGGGCACUUCCGACACCCACCCCGACCCCUCCGCAUCCCCACCAGGGGAGCGUCAUGGCAGAGGAGCCGAGGAGACCCAGGAGGAAGUGGGAAGUUUUCCCCGGGAAGAACCGCUUCUACUGCGAGGGACGGAUCGUCGCAGCCCGGCAGAGUGGGGUCCUGCCCCUCACCCUGGGCCUCAUCCUCGUCACCAGCGGAUUGUUCUUUACAUUUGACUGUCCCUUCCUGGUCAAACAUCUGACCAGCUGCAUACCUGCUAUUGGAGGAGUCCUUUUCGUAUUUGUGGUGAUCACCCUGCUGCAGACCAGCUUCUCCGACCCCGGCAUCAUGCCCAGAGCAACACCGGACGAGGCCACAGACAUCGAGAAGCAGAUUGACAACACAGGAAACACCAGCCAUCGGCCUCCACCGCGCACAAAGGAGGUUGUGAUCAACCAGCAGGUGGUCAAGCUCAAGUACUGCUUCACCUGCAAGAUGUUCCGGCCUCCACGCACCUCCCACUGCAGCCUGUGUGACAACUGUGUGGAGCGAUUCGAUCAUCAUUGCCCUUGGGUGGGGAACUGCGUAGGGAAACGCAACUACCGCUUCUUCUACACCUUCAUCGUGUCCCUCUCCUUCCUGACCUCGUUCAUCUUCGGCUGUGUGACCACGCAUCUAGCACUGAGGGCUCAGGGUGGAAAAGGUCUGGUGUUUGCUCUGCAAGAGAGUCCUGGCAGUGCAGUGGAGCUGGUGAUAUGUUUCUUCUCAGUCUGGUCCAUCUUGGGCCUCUCGGGCUUCCAUACUUACUUAGUUGCUUCCAACCUGACCACCAAUGAAGACAUAAAAGGCUCCUGGUCAGGGAAGAGUGGAGAAGAUGUCACUAACCCAUACAGUCAUAAAAACAUCUGUAUCAACUGUUGUUCUGUGCUCUGUGGACCCAUGCCACCCAGCUUGAUCGACAGGCGAGGAUUCCUGCCCUCAGAUGAAUCUUCCCAGACAGGCGGCGUGGACAUCGAGGUGCCAGCUGCGGCCACUAAAAGCGAGAUAAAUGUGUGCACACAGGGAACUAAAGGUCUGCUGGAGUCAGCCACUCUCCCUCCGCUCCUGACCUCCUCGUGCCAUCAGGGGAAACCGCAGACAGCUCAUACCUGUUCAGACAACAGUGCGGCGUUGAACUCUGACCCCUCACCGGCACUUUCCACGGACUGUGGGGCCCGCCACACCGCUGGCUCUCAAGGUGAUACCUCUCCGUCACACCACACCAAGACUCACUCCAAGAAAAGUCAAUCAGCAGCUUAAGAUAUUCCCAACCCCACCUUGGACGCCCCUGUUUCCCCUUUCUCUCCCGAUGCUGCCAGCUUCGCCCCUUUGCACUGA